UUUGUUCAUGGAGAAGCAUACAAAUUUUUAGCAUAUAAUUCUACGUUAAAUUAUAUUUCGAGAAACUGAUAAUAUCGAACAAAGAGGCUAAAAAAAAGUGAAAUAACCAAAAAGAAAUAAAUGUUGUCUCAUCAGUUUCUAGAGGUGGCUACAGAUUGCCCGAGUUUCCUCCUAUACGUUAAUAUCGAAUGACUUUUGACACUUAACAACAAACAUGAUCGUACCGAUUAAAAGGGAUGGAGUUAUAGAAGAUUGGGUUAUUAUAGAUCUUCAGGGUGAUUUGAAUUUCGAGAAAGUUGAACAUCCAAAUGAUCAAUUAGUCGGAGACCUUCAUUUUACCAAAACUGGAACACCUAUUUUAAUUAUUGGCAUUCAUGUACUACAUGGAAAACAAGUAGCGCUUGAAAAACCUCUGGUUGUAUUAGAGAGACAUCGUGACAACAUAGGAGAUGAGAUAAUAGGAGAGGAAAAUACAACAAAGACGGAGUACAAAGUAAAAGCUAUUGUAAGGAAGAAACUUCUGUUUAGAACAAGGCCGAAACCCAUAGUGACUAAUGUCCCAAAACCAUGCUAAACUUCAGGACCUAAAUUUAAAUAAACUCAUACUUAAGAGAUAUCUUGUUUAUUGAUUUAUUAUAUCACAACUUAAUUAAAUUAUUAGUAUAAAAUGGUUAA